UGUGUGUUACUCAUUAGAUUAGCUGCAGACUUCUAUCAACAUGUUUGUGUACCGGCGCCAUUGCAUAGGAGAGAAGCGGAGGGAUCAAGUUGCAGCGAGGACGGCGACGAGAAGCAAACGGCAAAGAACUCGAUUAGCUGCAGACUUCUAUCAGCAUGUUUGUGUACCGGCGCCAUUGCAUAGGAGAGAAGCGGAGGGAUCAAGUUGCAGCGAGGACGGCUACGAGAAGCAAACGGCAAAGAACUCGAUUAGCUGCAGACUUCUAUCAACAUGUUUGUAUACCGGCGCCAUUGCAUAGGAGAGAAGCGGAGGGAUCAAGUUGCAGCGAGGACAGCGACGAGAAGCAAACGGCAAAGAACUCGAUUAGCUGCAGACUUCUAUCAACAUGUUUGUGUACCGGCGCCAUUGCAUAGGAGAGAAGCGGAGGGAUCAAGUUGCAGCGAGGACGGCGACGAGAAGCAAACGGCAAAGAACUCGAUUAGCUGCAGACUUCUAUCAACAUGUUUGUAUACCGGCGCCAUUGCAUAGGAGAGAAGCGGAGGGAUCAAGUUGCAGCGAGGACGGCGACGAGAAGCAAACGGCAAAGAACUCGAUUAGCUGCAGACUUCUAUCAACAUAUUUGUAUACCGGCGCCAUUGCAUAGGAGAGAAGCGGAGGGAUCAAGUUGCAGCGAGGACGGCGACGAGAAGCAAACGGCAAAGAACUCGAUUAGCUGCAGACUUCUAUCAACAUGUUUGUGUAUCAAGCUGGAAAUUGGCCACCUCCACCCCUCGUAUCAGUUCUCGUGUGCACUCAUGCAGGCACACGCCCGGCUCAUCGGAUUUAUUGGAGCUGCGCCCGCCUCCAUCCGUCGCUGCCUCACUCGGCACGCCUCGCCCCUGUGAAGUGUUUCAGCUGGUACCCCGCAAAGCCUGCAACAUGCAGCCGCCUUGACAUGAUAACACUCCUCUGUCACGCGUACGUUUCCUUUCAGUUUCUUUCUUUCUACCUCUGACUCGAUAAUACUCCUCUGUCAUGCGUACGUUUCCUCUUUAUUUUCUUUCUGCCUCCUUCAUGCUCUCCACCUCUGUCACACACCUCUGACACGUUAACCCCCCUCCCCUCUGCCAUGCAUCUCUCUGUCCUCUUCCUGCUUUUCGGACUUUUGUUUCGGUCUUAGUUGCCACGUUAUUCACAAAUUUCAUGCUCGCUUUCGCUUGUACAUAUGUAUCACAUAUUUUUUGCCUUUCCGCCUAGUACAUACCGUGCUACCUUACUCUUCUCUCCCUUUAUUAAAUUUUGUUUAUCGUGCUUCGCUCCUCCCGACCUCACCACUGGCGGGGAAGUACUGUAGCGGCCUGACUCCCGACUGUUACGUCACACUACGUGAUAAGUAUGCGCAAUAAUAAAAAUCA